AUGACGCUCGACGACGAGGACCUGAUGCUGGACAAUGAGGAUGAGUUUCACCUAUUGUCCGAGGGCGCCACCGACGAGGACCAGGUGCGGCUACAGUUUGAAAACGACGUGGAGGACGCGAGGAGGCUCUCGCAGACCAAGUUCCAAGACGGGGACGAGGAAAGAGAACAACGCACGCGCUUUGUGCUCGACCGCACGCCGCAGUGGUCCAGGACGACGCACGACGGCCGCAACUUCCUGCACCACCUGGCCUCGUACGACUACAACCGCAAGCCCUUCGUGAGCCUGCAGUGGCUCAUGUCGCGGGCCAUGAACAAGCUGCCGCACCUGAUGGGCGCCAUGGACAGGUCGCGGCGCACGCCUCUGACGACGGCGCUCGCCGCGGGCAACGUCUGGUUCAGCUACGCGGCGUGCAAGAACCAGAAGGACGAGACGCGGCAGCAGUUUGGCGCCGCGCUGGCCAGCGAGUGCGAGGACCUCGACAACGACCGCGGCAGCACCUGCUUGCACACGGCGCUGGUGUGCCCGAUGAGCGGCGAGGCGCUGCGCGGGGAGAUUGUCAAGAUCAUGUGCGGCUUCGUGCCGCGGAGCAUGUUCAGCGCCGUCGACGUCAAGGGCCGCACCCCCCUCCACGUGGCCGUCGAGUACGAGAGGUGCUGCCGCGUGCAGGUCGGCAUCGUCGACGAGCUGCUGCGCCGGGGGCCGGGCGCGCUCGACGUCGAGGUGGCCGCCUACUCUGGCCGCGCCAUGUCGGUGUACCAGUACCACGAGUACACGCGGAGGCGGGCCGAGACCAGGAAGAACCCGGCCAGGGGGCGCAAGGAGGUGAGGGACGGCGGCAGGUCGGCGGCCGCGAACCCGAGGCCGGAUCUCCGCGCGGCGGCGGCGCCCGAAAGGCCGGACAAGACGGUCAUGGGGCCGCCGCUCCCGAGAGACAGGGCCGAGCCUCUCCCCGGCCUCAGGCGACGAGUCUCCAUGCCGGUCGCGGCGGCGCCUCCAGACGGCAAACCGCCGAGCUUGUCUCUGAAUACGCAACAUCCAUGUCCGCCUGCUGCCGGGGUGGACGAGUCGCCGCUCGAUGCGCCGUUGAACGGAAUCGACGCCGCGCUGCAAAGGGACGAGGAGCGGGACCAGGCCGCCGGGCAGAUUGCCCAGCUGCUCAAGCUUUUUUAUCUGCGUACGCAAAUGCCGGAGCGUGCGUCGCGCUGUCUCCAUGUCCAGGACGAACAAGACAAGGAAUUGUGGUUUGACUUUGGGCCGCCCAAGAAACUCACCAAGACGGACUUUAGAAAGCACUUUGGGCACCUCCAGUUUGACAGUGCACUGCAGUACGUUGCAUUUCCGCAGAGUACGCUGGACAAGGGAGAGGAUAGUCGGCAUGUGCUCCGCCAAGGCCGGACCGACAUGGUCUUCUUCUUUGAGUGGCUGGCGCAAAAGGGCGUCGAGCGCAUCAUCAAGGUCAUUGUGGAGGAUCUCAAAACCCCGUCACACAGUGACCAGGCUAUUGAGAAGUCGCUGAAGCCUUUUAAUGUUGAGAUGCUGGACUGGCGGAGGGCCGACUUGGACCCGGUAUCCCUGGCUCGCAUUGGGCAGUGCCUGAGGGAAGUCCAUCUCUACUGGAGCGGGAGGAAUACCGUGCUACGGGCAUGGUCGGAGAAGGAGGGCCUGGCACUGAUACCGACAUUGGAGACGAUAUAUAUUGUUCAAGUCGAGGGUCUAGAGCCGGAAACCAGAGUCCGUGAGAACCUCGAUGCAUUCGAAAGGCGACUCGGCGAGUCGUGGCCCACGGAAGCCAAGCCAAAAGUGUAUAUACAGCUGCUCGGCGCGGGCGGCCCUCUGCCAUCUCUCACCCAGCCAUCGGACCUCCAGCCCCGGCGACAACGACCAGUCGAUCCGCACAAGUGGAUGCAGUGCAUGGAGGAGUUUGCCUCCCACUUCAGGCAAAUCCGCGCGCUCAACGACAAGAGUGCCGAUCCGGCCCUCGCCCCGGUCAAGGUGGCCCUCAUCGACGACGGCGCCGACAUCACGCACCCGGACCUCAAGGGCAUGAAGUUCCCCGGGAAGAGCUUCCACCACUACCGGGAAGGGUCGUCGUGGCGCGUGUCGCCCUUUUGGGACUCGUCGUCGGGCCACGGAACCCUCAUGGCGCGGCUCAUCCACCGCAUCUGCCCCAGCGCCGUCAUCCACGUCAUCAAGCUGUCGACGUUUGCGGGCGAGGCCUCGGCCAAGCUGCAAAUCAACACCGACUCGGCCGUGCAGGCCAUCGAGUACGCCGUCGAGCAGGGCGCCCAGAUCAUAUCCGCGUCGUGGACCGUCAAGCCGCCCACCGAGGCGGGACGCAAAAAGGCCUUUGACGACGCCGUCCACAACGCGCUCAACACCAAGGGCGCGCUCAUGUUUUGCGCCGCCAGCGACCAGGGCAAGUCGGCCGACCUGACGUACCCGCACGGCAGCAACCCCAACAGCUUCCGCAUCGGCGCCGCCAGGGCCACGGGCAGCGCGCUGGACAAUGUCGGCGACGGCCACGAGCUGAGCUUCCUCUUCCCCGGGCACGAGGUCGUCGUUGACAGCGCGUACGAGGACGUCCCGGACAAGCAGUUUGGCAGGUUCGCCCCCCAUUCCGGCAGCUCCGUGGCCACGGCGCUCGCUGCCGGCCUGGCCGCCCUGGUUGUCGAGUGCGUCCGCCUCGGCGUGCUGUACACGGGCGAGACGGGGCCGCUCGACGAGACGGUCACGAUAGGCAGGGACGACCUGGUCAGGAUCUGCGAGCGGCGGCAGAUGGAGUACGCCUUGGCGUCGAUUGGCACCAGCCGCAACACGGACAACAAGUACAUCGAGGUGUGGAACACCUUUGGCGCCGCGGCGGAGAAGCUCAAGCAUAGCGAGGGGGAUAGGAUGAGCCAGCUGGAGAUUAUCGCUGGCUUGGCGAGGCUGUUUCUGAGAAAGGGGGCGUAG